UAUUUAAAAACAUAGUCGGGCGGGGGGUCGCUUCCAUUUUGGAGAUGACGCGUGACUGAUCGGCGAGUUUCUUAUCAAAUUGGCAUUUCGUUGGUAUUUCCGAGAGCCGAAAGUUCUCUAGCGCGAAAUCCGAGCGACAAGUGCACAAACAAAUAGGCUGCCGAAAAUAAACAAGAGGGGGAAAGAUUUGGCUGACUUGCAAAAGCAUUGAUGAUGCUCUUCUUUGUAUAUAUGUUUUUUUCGCCUUAUCCGAACCGGUUGGCGAAAACAUAUUUGACCACCACGCCUGAAAUCCUUAUAAAUCAAGCGAUUCGGAAAACCGGUUCGUUUUUAAACGGGCUGCCCACAAUGCGCGCGUUGCAAAAAGAAAGAAACAAGAAAUAUAUAGAGUACGCCGCUUCCUCCAAAUAGUUUGCCUACGUAAAUUGGUCUCUCGAUUUGUGAUACGAAGUGUAGAGUGUGUGAACUCGGCUCUUUUCCACCCGACUGAGUGUUGUGUGUAUGAGCGGGCCACCACCAAAAGCGGUCCGUAGUAUUUUUGUUAUUUCCCUACCGACGCUCCAAGCAGACGGAACACACUCGAGCAGCAGCGGAGAGAAUAUAUAGAAAUUUGAGAGAAAAGAAAUAAAAGGAGCCACCAGCCCCCCAGCAGUACGAAAAAAGCACGCGCGUCAUCGUAAAAACGUGCUACGGACUACAAGAAAACCAAAGUAUAGUAAUAUCACUGAAAUUACAUAAAACCCAGAAGAGGAGGUCCACACCAUUGCAAUACCAUGACCGAUGUCAGUGCAAACAGUCUGGAUGUGUCCGUGGAUGUGGUCUGGCCCACGAUAAUCGUCCUGGCCAUGCUGGUGAUAAACGGCUUCGUGUUCGCCUACAUCAUGCGAAAGCGGCGGGAGUACAAGAAUCAGGAGGAGCAACAACCUGUUCCGCACGCAUCGUACGCGGCCACCAGCGAGUUGGCUACCACUGCACCCACGGACCAGGAGGACGAUAGCUGUGCCAUCGAGAUGGAGCGACUGUAGGAAUACCCAUUGCAUUAGCCAUAGCUCUCAGAUACUCAUCCACUAUCGUCCAAGCUCUCAACUGCAACCAAGUUCCCUAAGCUAAUAUCUAUCGCGAGUUCUAGCGAUUUAGCAGAUAUACAGAACGUAUACAUCGAGUGACUGGAUCGCACGUGCAUUUAAUUAAUGUUUUUAAGUUGUUAACUCUAUUCGCAAUUCAUUUUCUACAAAAGUAUACAAUAAAAUGUGUGAAUUUUGUCAUGCCAUAUCGAGAACCGAAA